AUGGUCAAUCUCGUGCAAGCUCUAGGUAUUGUGGCAUUACUUUAUCAUACAUCAGUCGCUGGACGCAAAAUAUUCCGGUUCGACUACACCUAUAGUAGUGACAUUGACGGCUGGUGGAAGUUACACAAUAUUCCUAUAACAUGGGACUUGGCACGACAACAAUGCCUUGCUGAAGGUGCUGUUCUGCUUUCACCACUUAAUGAGCACUACGUAAUGGCAAUGGAAAUGAUCAUGGCUACUAGUAAUGGUAGUAUACAACGUGGGAUAUACAGUGGGGUCCACGCGACAUAUUCUAAAGGCGUUUACACGUCUAUAGAAGGAGUGCCACUCUCCAAAAUACCCGUGUCCUGGGCACCCGGCGAGCCUGAUAACUACAACAACAAUGAGAGCUGUUUACUAUUUUACUCCAAUGGGACGAUGGCUGAUAUCAAUUGCAAUGAAGUCCGUCCGUACAUAUGUUACAAGAAAAAAAACAAAUCUGUUGUGCGUUCUGAUUGCGGGACAACAGAUAGCCAAUACCAUUUGGAGUCCAGGACGGGCAGUUGCUACAAAUUUCACUACAUGGGCCAGACGUGGCACCAAGCGUACAUGACGUGUGCUGCUGAAGGUGGACACCUGGCCAUCAUCAACAGCGCUACCGAGGCUCAAAUACUCAAAGAGCUAUUUGCUAAGUAUCCUGCAAACAAAGUAAUCGCCAAAUACACGGAACCAGUUUCUGUCGGAUUUUACGAUUGGAAUAAAGACUAUACUUGGGUUACUAUUCAUGGUGAAACAUUAAGUGAAGCUGGUUAUAGUAACUGGCCGGUUGGCCAACCAGAUAAUGCCAAAAUUGGAAACUUGGGACAACAAUGCGGUGGUAUGUUCCGAUCUGGUUUAUUGGACGAUGUGUGGUGUGACAUCAUCACUUUCCCAUUUAUUUGCGAGAAAAAACCAGACAGCUUGCUUUACGAGAAUUCUUAA